UCUAUAUCGGCGAAAAUCAGCUCAUUUCUCAUUGGGACUGACUCGCCACUGCCAAGCUGCAGAAGCGCAUUUUGGAUUCACUACCACCAUCAUGAGCGAAGUUCAAGUUCACUACGACGAAUCCAGAAGUCAUAUUCUCUCCGAAAAGGCAUGGAAAGGAGGCUGGGAUACAUUUAUCUUCUACAGACAACUCAUGCUGCCCGGUAACCUCUUCGUUGGUCUCAACACCGCGGAAUAUGGUCUGAACCGCUUAGACGUUGCAAGAUGGCUCAGUAUUUUGGCCACUAGUACUCCUUCGAACCCACCAGACAUUUUCUCUUGCGACGUUCAACCUGCGGGGAUCUUACAAUACUUACCUACCAAUAUAGCAGAAAAACCCGUCAGUUGGACUACACCAGCAAACUGGACACCGGGAAAUUAUGCAUUCAAAUACCUUCGUUUGAGUGAUGAUUAUCUUACACCCGCCCUCCCUUGCGAGUCGUAG